AUAACCAAAGCAAGUCGAAAGGGCCUGAUUUACAGGAACAGCUGAUUCGGUAAAAACAUCACAUCGAGCGAAAAACCGGAGAGGUAGCGGCGUAAGCUGGAUUGUGGGUAGCUGAGCAGAUUCAGCAGAUAAACAUUGAGUGUCUAAACAUGAAGAGGAAAUGUACCCCAGAAGCCUCUGUUGCUGAGAAAAAAAGUAAAAAAAAGACCUUUAAUAAAAACGGGGGUAAGGAAGGUGCUGGUGAUAAAAACAAUCACAGUUUACCUUUAAAGAGCUUAAAAAACAAAAGAAAAAUUGAAGGAGAAUCCUCGUCAGGGUCCUCGAGCAAUGAUGCUGAUUCACCAAUAACUAAUAAGUCAAAAAGUAUUUAUAGUGCAAAGUCAUUUAACCAAAAGGAUGAAACAAACUUGCCAAUAAAUAGAGAUUUAUCAGAAUCACCAUCUGAUCUGCAGCCCUUACAAUAUUUAAAGAACUCAAGCUCCCCGAAAAGUGAAACUACUAAACAGAAAAAAGGGAAAAAAAGAAUUACUCUGCUGGAGCACCUAGUAGAAAGUUUCGCUAAGCCUGGAGUAUUAAAAAAUUCAAAACUAAAACAUUCGAAAAACAUUCCCGAAGUAAAUGGAGGGCCACAAGAAAAUAGCUCCCCACUACUAAAGAAAAUCAAAAAGAAGGUACGGAUUGAUGAAACUGAAUCUCUAAAAUACAAGCGUGAAAUUGCUGAAUCAGAACACCACUUCACCAAAAAAGAACUCCCAGCAAAAAUAAUAAAAUCAAAAUUAAAUAAGAACCUCACAGAAGAAGUUAAAGUCAAUAAAACUAAAACAACUAAACCACCAAUUGUGAACCUUCUGGAAUCAUCAACAAAUAAAACUGAAGAUUUUAUUGAUGAUUUUUGCUUGGCUGUACCUCAGCACAAGAAUAAGGGAAAAACCAUUAAAAAAGAAAAAUCUGAAAGCCCAUGUGCGGGUUGUAAUACACUAGAAUGCUCAUGCAGUGUUAUCACAAUAAAAAGUGAAGAUUCAAACAGUUCAAAUAAAUGGAAAACAGAUCCAGGAGCUGAAGAAAUAUGUUCAUGCCAGACGCUUCCAUGCAUGUGCAAUAUUAAGAAUGAGAAUAAUAGUUUCGAAGCAGAAGAACCAAAAUUGGAGGUGGCUCUUGGUUUUGAUGUUGACAACUCUUCCUCUGGAGAAUCAGAUCUAGAGGUGUAUUAUAUUAAUAAAAGGGCUGAGAAGGAGGCUGAGCUUAAAUUGAAACAGUCGCAGUCUGAAUUGAAAAAAAAUGGGGUUCAACUAAUGCCCAAAGAAGACCAGUUACUAUUGGCUCAACGAAUAGAAGAAUUUAUCCCUGAGGGGGACACAAAAAGUUACACAUACAGGCUCCAAAAUAUCGAUUGGUCCAAAAUUGCAUUCAGAAAUUACUCCUUGGAAGAUUGCCAGAAAGUAUGGGGUCUUUUACUGAAAAAGGUGAGACACUACCGGUUACUGUCGGAGAUAACACAUGACAUCAAAAAUGUCAUUGAAUUAUAUGAUAUGAAGAAGUCAAAAAAAACCAACAAGCACCCUGAAAUGCCUAAGAGGCCACUGUCUUCUUAUUUUCUCUUUUACAUACGAAAGAGGGACAAAGUGAGGAGAGAGCACCCAAACAUUGAAGCAAUUGAACUAAAUAAAUUCAUCAGUGAAAUGUUUCAAAACUUGCCUGCCGAAAAGAAGCAAAAGUAUGAGAUGCUUGCCGCAAAAAAUCGAGAAGAGUACAAAAUUCAAAUGGAGGAAUUUUAUACUAGACAUCCAGAAUUUCGUAAGGUGGCAAUAAAAAGGGAGCCAAAAGAACGAAAAGAAAAACCACCAACGAAGCCUGAGAACCCAUAUAGAUUGUUCAUGCAGUCCGAGUUGGAAAGAGAGGAAAUCGCAGAAGAGGAUAAGGCUGAAUUUAAAGAAGUCUGUCGCGAAAAAUGGAGACAAAUGCCUGAUAGCAAAAAAUUAGAUUGGAUCCUCCAGGCUGAGAAACAGUUGGUGCAAUACGAAGAAGAACUGAAAGAAUAUAUGUCCAGACAUCCAGAAUAUACUCCAAAGAAAAUGUCAAGCAAGCCGUUUUUGUCAAGACAAGAGCAGAACUUGAAAGAGAAACUUGCUGGUAAGCCUAAGAAGCCACCGACAUCAGCCUAUAGUCUUUUUGUAAGCCUGACAAUCCAGAGCAAUGAUGCGCAAGACAUCCCCUCUCGUGAACGAUGGGCUUACACUUCAGCCAAAUGGAAAGCCAUGACUGAAGCAGAAAAGGAUCAAUAUAAAAUUCUUUUGACACAAGUUACCGAACAAUACCAGAAAGAAUUUAAGACUUAUCUAGAUUCACUACCGGAAGAAAAAAGGCAAGAAGAGAUCCUGAAAAAUCUUCCAAAAAGAAGAGAAAAGAAAAAAAAAGCACGAAGCACCUCUUCUGUAUCUGCCUCGUCAGGACCGUCAUGUUCUGGUUUGGGUCAGUUUGUUUUUGAUGAUCGUGAUCAGCCAUCAACAUCAAGAGGCGUUAGACCAAAGAGUGGAAAAGGUUCUGGUCCAAAGGGGUCUAAGACUAAGCAAAAGGUCCCGUAUCCUGUACCUCCGCCAAGGUCGGCUUAUAAAUAUUUUUCGGAAAAACACAAGGGCCCGAAUCCUAAAGAAGCAUGGAAAAGCUUGUCUUGUACAGAGAGGCGACAAUAUAACAAAGAAUUAGACGUUAUAAAAGACAAAUAUAUACAAGACUUUGAAACCUAUUUGAAGAGCCUCGAUAGGGACGAGUUAUCCGUUUUCUGUGCCAAUAGAAACACUCAGGAAGAAGAGUACAGCAGCUCAGACCCAAGCGAAUCAGAGUCUGAAGAAGAAGAGGAAUCCUCGAGUGACGAAGUGGAGGACGAAGUUGGGAACUUGUCAUCCGACGAGGAUUAAGCAAUUACUUAAAGGACCAUAUUAUUAAGUGUUAGAAUAGUUUGGAGAAGUUUGUUACGAAUUUUUCAAUGAGAGUUUAUUAGUAUUUUGUUGAAUUAUGUUUUUAAAAGACAUAAUCAAUUUGUCUAAUCUAACUUAAGGUUUUCGAAAUGAUCCAUGACGUUCCAGAUCUAUGUCCCACGUUGUUAGUUUAGGAGAAUUAGAUCAUUUAAUGUCAACAUGAAGCAUACGAACUGGUUAACUUAUGCUUUGUUUGAUUAAAAAUUGUCUUAGGUUUUAUCACUUAAAUUUAAAAAAGAAUUAAAGUUUUAUUUUAAA